AUGGUAAGUGUACAAGUUUUGAACAAAGAAAAUGAACAUUGUAAUAUUUUAUCAACUGUACCUGGACAACCUCAAAACAUCAUAAAAAUUGUGGACACUGAUGUUAGCAAAGAUAUUAUUUGUGAUAUUGAAGCAAAAAACGUCCAAGAUAACCAGGAAAAACACAAGUUUGUAAAGAAUACUUCAAACAUAUCAUCAGAAAGCCUAAAUCCUGAGGAGGCAACUUCAAAUAUAUAUUUGGCAGAUGAUUCAACAAAAAUUCAUGUUGACUUAACACCAGAAAUUAAUAAUUGUGCUGGUAUUUCUGAUCCAAAUAAAUUGUCCACUGGCACGGAUCAAAAUAUUGUUUGUGAAGUAACUGAAAAUACAAAAGAACCAUAUGAUUCUGCUGAAUACAAAUUGCGCAAUUUGACAUCACCAAAACAGAAUGAAAGUUGUAAAGGUGAAAAUUCAGAAAUUUCUCUGGAUCCGGUUCAGAAUGUUACCACAUGUACUUCUGAUCCUGAUUAUUUUGGUGUUUCUGAUUCAAAUAAAAAAGCAGUAUCCAGUAGCACGGAUCAAGAAAUUGUCUCAUGCAAAACUGCCGGUCAAAAUGAUACCAGAUGUACUUCUGAUCCUGAUUAUUUCGGUAUUUAUGAUUCAAAUAAAGAAUCAGUGACUAGUGGCAUGGAUCAAGAAAUCGCCUGUAAAGUAACUGAAAACACAAAAGAACCAUAUGAUUCUGCUGAAGACAAACUGCAAAAUUUGACAUCACCAAAACAGAAUGAAAGUUGUAAAGAUGAACACUUAGGAACAAUUUCUUUGGAGCAUGCAAAACUGCCUGUCCAAAGUGAUGUCAGUUCAUCUGUUCCUGAUGUUUCUGAUGAUAAAUUAAAAUCUACAGAAUCUUCUGAUGAAUCAAAUAUGCAACAUGAAACUUCUCCAAUCGCAACAUCAAAAACUACAGAAAAAAGUGAUGAAUCUUUUUUAUCUAAAAAAGAUUCCGUAGAACAAAUACUGGAGGAAAAUUCGGGGUUUGAUGAACAAGUAUUCAGAACAAAUAGUGAUACCAGAAACACCCCUACAAUUUUAAACAGAACAUUCAGCCUUGGGUACAAUGAUGAAACUCCUAGUCCUGAAAUUGAGCCAAAAAUGAUAGACAUCGAUUCCUUCAAAACAAGCACGCCUUCUAAGAAACACAAAAAGACCAGUUUAUCAGAAAGUCCUAAAAAAUCACCCAGAAAACCAAAUUACGACUUCCUAAAAACCGGGCAAAUCAAUUUAGAAUCCUGGGAUAAAUUCUUAGGCGACAGUUUCGAACGUAAUAACGAAGACGAUGACUCUGUUUUCGAUGAUUGCGAUAAAGACUUGAAUUCAUCAACUGAUACGACGAGCGACUCGUCGUUUAAGGAUCUUUCGGAAAAUACUGAUGAUAAUAAAGAGAAUAUUAAAUAUCAAGAAACGUCGUCUUCUGAUACAACAGAUUCAGAUCUUAAAUUUCAUUCUACCAAUAGUGACGAGGAGCAGGAUAGCGUCAAGUUGGCAGAGAUUAGGAGGGCGUUGAUUUUAUCCUUGCCGGAUGCUCAG